AUGAGCGAACUGUCCGAUAAGAACAACCUCACUCGAGAAGAAUCCACAAAUCAAAUGUUUGCAGAGAAGAGCAGUCAGAUUGGACAGAAGCAACUGCAACAGAUAGAGCGGCAGCUGAAGUGCUUGGCAUUUCAGAACCCUGGACCCCAGGUGGCAGAUUUUAACCCUGAGACAAGACAGCAGAAGAAGAAAGCACGGAUGUCACAAAUGAAUGAGUAUUUCUCUGGGAAGUACAAAGUGAUGAAGAAGUAUGACAAAAGUGGCAAGCUAAUCUGUAAUGACAUGGACCUGUGUGACUGCCUAGAGAAGAACUGCCUGGGCUGCUUCUACCCUUGUCCCAAGUGCAACUCCAACAAGUGUGGGCCCGAGUGCCGGUGCAACCGCCGCUGGGUUUAUGAUGCCAUCGUCACUGAGUCUGGAGAGGUCAUCAGCACCUUGCCAUUUAGUGUCCCCGACUAG